AUGACGUUUGAACACGUUACCCACUCGACGUAUGUUGCGCCAAAUGCCUGUUUUUUGAGUAUUAGGACAACUUGGGUUUCCUCCCUUGGAUUGCAUCCUGCCGAUCAUCACUGGCUCGUGAAGAUCCGGAGUUGCCAGACUGCUCCUCCUCCGUCAUCCGACAAGAUAUCUUGCCGAUCGCACGUGCAUAUUCUCUGGUUCCUAGUCGUUCUUGCUCUUCUCGAACGAUGUGAGUAUUUUGUCUCGGCGAUACCACCGAUUUGGAAAGUCUGGACAGUCGGAGUCUUUGCCUCCAUAUGCCGCAUUUCGGGUUGGUGCGAGCAUCAGAAGGACGGAACACACCGUCGUACAAUGCGCCUUGGAACUUCGCCGCCGACUUCACAGCUGCUUAUUGAUAGUUUAGUGAACCUUCUUAUUUCCGAAACACCGAUGAACAUCUCACACAAGCUAUUCACGAAUGUGUCAUGUGGAGGUAGCCUUGUUAUCUGCAGCCAUAUAACUGCAUAUCUAUUGAAGCUCGUUCUAGAUGACGAGCGAAAGCCCUUCAACGCCCCAGUUCGUUUGUUGGAGCUGAGGUCCCUUCCCGACGUUACGGCACGGCAAAAGACAAAAUGUGCAGCGGUGUCACUUGGUCAUUUGCGAGUCGUGUCCAGACACUGGGGUCUAUUCCUGAUACCCUACGAAGCAUGCACUGAAUAA